AUGCUUCCUUCUACGUCAACCGCUGCAAAUGUGCCUGACGAAGUGAUUGUAAGAGAUGCGGCCUUGUGUCUGAGAAGCUUCUGUGGUGAAAGGCAAUCGAUACCGUACAGCAAAUUCUGUGAACGUUUCAAAAAGGUUAUUGGUUAUUCGCUAAAGGAGCAUUUGUUGAAGUGCAAGUUCACGUUUGCGGAUUUAAUCGAACACAUAGCAGCGACCACUCGAACGAAAUGUCAUUACGAUGCUGAACACAAAAUGAUUCAGCUUUUGUCAGGACAGCCUCCUAAUGAGAGCAGAUCAUUUUCGAUCUUCAAUCCUCUUGGUGCAUAUCAAUCAUCGCAAAUCGUUGGCCCACUCAUUCCUCGGUAUCCGUUUCCACUUCAUUUGGAUCCUCGGUUACCAGACUUUGAUUCAGACGUUGUAGCGGCUUCCUCUAGCCGUGCUGUCAACGAAGACAUUGUUCCCAUGAAUUCAAUGGAGCAUAUUCGCCUAGAGAAUCGUGGACUUGUCAACAUCAAAAAUACUGGCCUGUACAGAAGUGACGGCGAUGUGGUCAACGGAGGCCAGCCAACUGAAGAAGGCGUUGACAUAGUCGCUCAUUCUAAAAAUCCGCCACCAUCCACGACUCCAGAGCCGCCGCCAGCCACGACUCCAGUGCCGCCUACGUUGAGCAGCGAGCAACAGCCACAGUUCGCGCAGCCGCCACCCACAAUUCAGCACAUUGCCGGUAUUUGA